AUGUUGAACGCGAGCCAACCUACCGUCGACAUUGUGACCGAUCGGACCACACACGCUCUCGAGGAGCCACCUGGUGCAAUACUUGUCGGCGUGUUUAUACAGUUUUUCUUCCAGGGUAUCAUCGUCAUAGAAGCUGGGCAGUACUACGAGGUGUGUUAUGAAGAUUCCUGGGGUCGUAAUCUUUUCGUAGCGUUUGUUACUCUGCUUUCUGUUGCACAGACGGCGUUCGAAGGAUACAUAGCUUGGAAGGCUAAUGUAGACCGUAAGACGCUGUUGAUGAUUCCGCGAGCAUGGUUCGCACUUUUCCUGAACGGUUUCAUCAGUGGAACGAACAAGCUCUUCCUCCUCCGACGCUGCUGGCGGGUUACGAAAGGAAGCUGGUGGAUAGCCGUCUUGUUCGCGUUCACGAUAACCACGUACGGCGCGAAUAUCUUGAUCGCGGUGGCUUUUUCACGUCUGAGCGUCGUCAAUCCAAAGCCUAGCGAUGUCAUACUGAGCGUCAUUGCAUUUUCGUAUUGGACAACGGCGGUGCUCGUAAUCGAUGUCAUUCUUUCUGUUAUCCUCGCUUAUUUCUUAUGGAAAAACAAGACCGGCGUGCACCAUCUCGACAGAGCACUCCUACGGUUCUGCGCUGUCGCCACAGAAUCUGCAGUCUGGCCAUCCCUCUGCAUUGCCGUUUGCGCAGGACUGUUCUUCUCGCAUAACAAAAACGCCAACCGUCUAGUUUUCGUAUUCCUGCUUCAAACAGGCAAGCUCUACACCUUGUCGAUCCUCCGCACGUUAAACGCAAAAGUCAAGCUACGAGAAAGAAUGAAAUCAGACGACUUUGCGCGAGGCUCGUUAGGAAACUGGUCUUGGCGACAAGCUGACUCGGGACUGGACCGGGAGAUGUCCAUGUCUGCAGCGCACGAGCGGUCUUCGUUCCGGGCGGCAACGAGUGGACGCCUGUCGUCGAUCUCGAUUGGGCCGUCGGAAAGGAAUGUUAUGGAUAGUCGGAUUCAGCACCUUCAGUCCCCGAUGCCGAUUCACUCGUACUUGACCGACUUUCAUUCGACUUAA